GUUCGAUAACAUCAGUUAUUCAUCUUCACCAAAAAUGUUCAAAUCGAUAGCUUUAUUUGCUUGUGUUAUUGCUGUGGUUGUAGCUGAACCUGGAUACCUUGGAGAUGCUUAUGCAUUAGGACACGGUUAUGGAUAUGGUGGUCAUGGAUACAGCAGUUAUGGACAUGCAGUUAUUCCAGCAGCUGUUAGUCACCAAUCAAGUGUUGCCGUCCAUAGCAAACCAAUUAUCACUGCUGUAGCUGCUGCACCUGUUAUUGUUAAACCACAUUUAGUUGCCGCUCUUCCAGCUGCCACAAGUCAUCAAUCCCGCGUCGACAUUCAUAGUAAACCAAUUGUUUAUACCAAACCAAUUGUAUCUUAUGCUGUUCCACAUUUAUCCCAUGGUGCCAGUUAUGUAGCAGCAGCACCAAUCGUUAGUGGACUUCAUGGAAGUGGUUAUCAUGGAUUAGGAGGCUACGGUUUAGGUUAUGGUCAUGGAUAUGGAUAUGGUCAUGGAUAUGGUCAUGGAUACGCAGCAAUUCCUGCAGCAGUCAGCCAUCAAUCAAGUGUUGCCAUUCACAGUAAACCAAUUGUUACCGCAAUUGCCGCUGCUCCAGUUGUAAGUGUCGUGAAACCACAUUUAGUUGCCGCUAUUCCAGCUGCCACAAGUCAUCAAUCUCGUGUUGAUAUUCAUAGUAAACCAAUUGUUUACACUAAACCAAUUGUAUCUUAUGCUGCUCCACAUUUAUCUUAUGGUGCCAGCUAUGUUGCCGCAUCACCAAUUGUUAGUGGACUUUAUGCAAGUGGUUACCAUGGAUUAGGAGGAUACGGAUUAGGUUAUGGUCAUGGAUAUGGAUAUGGUCAUGGUUUAAGUUACGGUCAUGGUUAUGGACAUGAUUAUUAUGGAUCUCAUUAUUAAAUCCAUAAUAUUUGAGUCAUAUAUUAUUUUAUGCUCAUUAUUUUCACACUCUCAGUAUUUUUACUU